AUGAACGUGCUACUGUUAAUCGCAUUGCUACCCGCUCUCAUAUCUGCAUACAAGGAUCGAGAAUGCGGUGCAGAUUUAUCCAAUCUAUGGCUCGAUGUUGUUGUGGUUGUUGACAAUUCAGCUGGUAUGACGCAAGACGGUUUGAGUCAAGUUAUUGGCGAUGUUUCGACAGUGUUGACAAAUGGAACCAGAAUCGGGACACAAUAUGCUGACCCAAGAUCUACACGCGUUGGAAUUGUCACUUAUAAUUCAGAUGGCACAAUUGUGAGUUCAAUUAUUUCGGUAAAAUCAAAUGAUACAGUAUUUAGGCAGCGAAUCUUGACGCGUUCAAUUCAACUGAUGGUCUUAUUGGAGGUAUGUACGAUGCAAUUGGAAUUGUGAGCACACAAAAAUUAUCAUAUCUUGAAACUGGACUUUCUCAAGCAGAAACAGUACUCAAUCAAGGACGUCGAGGAGUUCGAAAAAAUUAUAAACAAGUUGUGAUUGUUUAUGCAUCAGCAUAUCAGUUAGUUAAAUUAAAUUAACACUUUGCGGGGAAAAAAUCGAUUUGAUUUCAGAGGAACUGGAGCUCAAGAUCCAGUACCAGCUGCAGAUCGGUUGAAAGAAUCUGAUGUGGCUAUCAUAACUGUCGCCUUUGAACAAGAGGGUAAUACAGAUCUUCUUGAACCACUUUCACAGAUUGCCAGUCCUGGUUUCAACUUCACCAGUAAAGACGUUGAUCUUGUUGGUGAAAUUGAGGGAGCACUUCUUCAAAGUGAGUCGGCAAAGGUUUCUGCCACAUUUUUUUAAUUUUCAAUUUUCAGCCAACUGCUUCUGCCCGGAUUUAUGGUUUCAAUAUAGCGCAGACUAUAACGACCUCGCUGCACAAAGAUUCGGAGUUUGUGUCAAAUCAGCGGGACUUCAAGCGAGUUGGACAUCUGCCAAAUUUGCUUGUCAGCAUUUUGCCUCGAAUGCAUUUUUGGUCAGCGAAUUCAGUCAACAAAAACAUGACUUCGUAUUCCAACUCAUUAAAAACGACAAAACAAUGACGUCACCCUUCAUGUAUCACAUUGGAUUGAGUCGAAUCAAUGGAGUUUGGUCAUGGCAACAACCAGGAGGACAAACGUUGCCAGUUCAAAAUUACACCAAUUGGAAUCCCGGGUACCCAACCGAUGUUUCAGCAGAUAGUGCUGCACUGAACAGUCCAACUGGCGAUGAUCUUGUUGUUGGAUGGCAAAACAUCAAUCCAUACACAGUUGCCAAGAACUAUGUUUGUGAAUCGCGAGCUUGUGAUACCGAUAAUUAUUGUCCUUGA